CCUCUGCGUUUCAUCCGUGCAAACUAGCCCGUGUUCACUCCACUGCGCCGAGAGGGAAUCCGCCGAGAGAACCGAUCGUGUGCAAGCAAUGGCGUCCAACCUCCGUCUGCAGAUGAAGCACUGCUUCUCGCCGCCGUCCCUCCGCUCCUACCUCGCCGAGUUCAUCUCCACCUUCCUCUUCGUCUUCACCGCCGUCGGCUCCACCGUCUCUGCCCGGAUGCUCACGCCCGACGUCACGUCCAACGCCGCGUCUCUGGUGGCCACCGCCGUGGCACAAUCGUUCGGGCUCUUUGCGGCGAUCUUCAUCGCCGCCGACGUCUCCGGUGGCCACGUCAACCCAGCCGUCACGUUCGCAUUCGCCAUCGGCGGCCACAUCGGUGUCCCUAGCGCCAUCUUCUACUGGGCGUGCCAACUGCUCGGCUCCACGCUCGCCUGCCUCGUCAUCCACUUCUUCUCCGCCGGCCAGGCCGUGCCGACGACGAGGAUCGCGGUGGAGAUGACCGGCUUCGGCGCGUCGCUGCUGGAGGGCGUGAUGACGUUCAUGCUCGUGUACACGGUGCACGUCGCCGGCGACCCUCGCGUCGCGCGCGGCAGGAAGGGUCUCGCGACGACGGCGCUAGGCGCGCUGGUGGUCGGGCUCGUGCUGGGCGCGUGCGUGCUGGCGGCGGGCUCGCUCACGGGCGCCUCCAUGAACCCGGCGCGGUCGUUCGGGCCGGCGAUCGUCAGCGGAGACUUCAAGAACCAGGCCGUCUACUGGGUCGGCCCCAUGAUCGGCGCUGCUGUCGCGGCGCUGGUGCAUCAGAACCUGGUCUUCCCGUCCGCGCCCGAGCAGUCGCUGCCGCCCGAGCCGCGCCAUGGGAGCGUGGAAACGGUUGUUGUGUGAUUUCGUCAGUCAAGUACUCCAGUGUUCGUUUACGCUUGUUGUAGUCAACUUUUUCUAUUGCUGCGAGUUUGGAGUUAAUUUGUUCAAGGACCAAUGUGGCCUUGUAAUUAUCAUGUGUAAUGUUUGUGCAGUGAACUGAAAUCAUGUUUGUAGAUUAA